AGAAGAAGAAGAAAUAUAUUGUCUUUCAAACACCGGACUCAAUAAACGUUGUUUAAAAAAAGCGUUUAUCAAUGAUGGCAAUUAUGAUUGUUAUGGAGGGCCUGACGAAGAUCCUAGUUAUUGUAAAAAUCAAUAUCCAAGAGAUCUUUCUAAACGAUAUCGUUGUUGGAAUAGUUCAGAAUGCAUUCGAAUUGAACAACUAUGUGAUGGUAUUAAAAAUUGUUUACAUAAUGAUGAUGAAGAAAUCUGUUCAAAACGAUCCAAAAAUAAUUGUUCUGAUGGUACGUACUUCUGUGCUGGAAAAUGUCAGAAUAAAGAUAUUCGUUGUAAUGGAGUAAUUGACUGCUCAUUGCAGCAAUGUGUGAAAUGGCCAGGCCAAAUAGCCUACGGAUGUGUUUCAGCAUUUAGCGAAGAAUAUGACGAAUGGUUUUGCGAUUUAAUUACAAAAUACCCACCUUAUAAGCAAUUUUCAUUUCAUGAGUAUAAUCAAUAUCCGCCAUUAAGCAUUACUAAUAUACUAGAAAAUCAGAAUAAAAAGAUAUCGAGUAAUCUUGGUCAAAUAGCUAGAACUCCAAAAUUUUCUAACGAAGAUAUUGAUUUAUAUUAUUGUCAUCGUGGCAUUCUGGUGAGUCAUAUAAAUAAUGGCAGAAAUGUUUGUUUAUGUCCACCCAACUAUGAAGGAGAUCGAUGUCAAUACCAACGAGAGCAUAUAACAGUUCAUUUGAAAAUUAAAACACCUAUGGAAAUGCAACUUAAUCGUCUAACAGCACAAUUAAAUUUAGAUCCAAAAUAUCUAAAUGCCCUCAAUUGCAAUGAGUAUUGUGUACAUGGUGUAUGCUCUUUAUCACCAAAUACAAGAAAUCAAAGCUUUUGUUUAUGUAAUGAAGGAUGGACCGGAGAUACAUGUGAUAUUACUUCAUCCUUAGCAUGCGCACCGGGUUCAUUUGCAUUCCAUUCAUAUUGUGUAUGUCCGCUCGGGCGUUUUGGCUAUAACUGCUAUGGCAAAGUUGAUCUUUGUCGGAGCAAUAUAUGCCAAAAUAAUGCUACAUGCCGUACACUUGAUAUUAAAUCAAAUCAAUACAUUUGUAUAUGCGCAGAAGGCUAUUAUGGUAAAUAUUGCCAAAAUUCAUCGGCUAAAGUGAAUAUUGUGUUUAAUAAAUUAAUAUAUGAUCACUCAAUUUUCGACAUUCCAGUUGUUUUAAUACAUUUCGUGAAUAUAGUAGACAUGAUCAGUUUAACUACAAUACAAGAUCGUUUUCUUUUUAAAAGAGUUUCUUUUAAUAGAAAUUUAACUAUAAUUUCUCAUCAACCAUUUUUAUCAACAUUUAUUUAUGUUCAAAUUUUCUUUGAUGCGAAAGAUUAUUAUGGUCAAUAUUAUUUGGUUAGCUUCUCGAAACAAUCAGUAAAAGCAGUUUAUACAAGCAUUUUAAUGUCCAAUGAAUGCCCAUUUAUCGGUCAAUUCUUAAGUAAUGAAAUUAUGUCAUAUUCAUAUAUGAAGCGUAUUAAAUCAUACUAUAAACCAUGCUUAAAACUUGGUACGAAAUGUUUUUAUGACGAAAAAUAUAUAUGUUUAUGUGACAAUGAAGCAAAUUUCGAUUGUUUUCUAUUUGAUCACUCGGAUAGUAACUGUACUGAUCGUCAAUAUUGUCAAAAUGAUGGCCAUUGUGUUCAAUCAAUGCAAAAACGUCAUGGUUAUUUUGAAUUUGCAUGUGUUUGUUCGGAAUGUUAUUAUGGAGAUUUUUGUCAAUUUACAACAGCGCAUUAUACAAUUUCAUUAAAUUCUUUACUUGGCCAGCAUAUUUAUCCUGAUCAAUCAUUAAAUGAUCAAUCUCCAAUUGUAAUUAUCCUAGUAGAAUUACCACGCCUUAUCCUUACAUUUGCACUCUCUUGUAUUCGAUUCGAAUGGCAAAAAUAUGUGUAUUUAGUAUUCUAUUUGGUUAGCAUACUGCCAUGGAUGGGUACUUUAGUUAUAUUUGUAAUUCCUUCACCAUUAUAUCGUGAUGAAUUGAAAGCAUUUGGACAACGUUCAUUAAAACGAUUCCGUAGCCAUUGGAAUGUGCAUAUUCCGUGAGUGUAUGGAUGCGCGUGUGUCAAGCAACUAUGAUGGAUUUCCCCUUGUUGGAAGGACUCUUUAUCCUCAGACGACUUAGAGUUUAUGACUAUCUUGAGGGCAUGGGUGUGGGUGUGGGGUGUGGGUGUGAGUGUGUGGGUGUGGAUGGGUGUGGAUGGGGGUGGGUGUGG